AUGCAGCGAGAUCCAGCAUCUCCUGCCUCUCAUACCUCCGCUUCAGCACAAGCCGACUACAACCUCUCACCUCCUUCGCUAUGGCAGGAUGGUCGGAAACGGAAGAAUGCUCCGCCUGGCUCGCGGAGCGUCGAUACCCUCACGCCCGAACAGCUGGCCAAAAAGCGUGCCAAUGACCGUGAAGCCCAACGCGCAAUCCGAGAGCGGACCAAGCAGACCAUUGAGAACCUGGAGCGGAGAAUACAGGAGUUGACAUCCCAUCAGCCAUAUCAAGAGCUCGAGGCCGUCAUCAGACAGAAAGAUGCUAUCCAAGCAGAGAAUGAGGAGAUUCGCAGGAGGCUUGCUUCAGUCAUGUCCAUCAUUCAACCUAUUGUAGGAGCGCAGGGAUUGACUGAUCUUGCGACGGCUGCGCAGCACAAUGUCCAGGCUGGGCUGGUUCAGACACACCCUGUUCUCAAUCCUCCGUUUCCUCCAAGUAACGGCACACAAGCCAGCCCAACCUCCUUCCAUAUCCAGCGAAAUGGGCAGACCGCCUUCUCCGUCUCUCCCAUUCUGUCACAAGGCCAGUCAGAAACACCACCGCAUCCUCCACAGUUGGGAGGAGAAGUAAUCGAGGACCACAGGCCUUCACCCACGUCAAGAGAUGCACUGAAUAACCAACGAGACAAUCUACAACGUGGCCUUGAACUGAAUGAGGGUGGGGAGCGUGUCAACUUCGGAUUUCUGCUCGAUCUUUUGGGACAACGAACAGGCAAUGCACGCGCGCAAACUCACCCUCACCCUCGACCACGACCACAACCUCAGCCCGGCGUCAGCUCCCCUUACCCAGCGCUUCCCUCGACGCUACCCGAUCAACUUACACUUCCUACGACACGUUGGAGCGUCCUCCCUAAAAUCAGUCCUCCUACGUGCCCCCUCGAUAGCUUGCUACUCAAACUCUUACAAUCUCGUCAGCGCGACCCGAUCAGCGGCGCCAACGCACUCCCCACAACACCAAGCUAUCCUUCUGUUUCGUCUCUUCUGAACCCCAGCGGGCCUCGUCGAUCUCUGGAUGACAUGUCCCAACUCAUGACAGAUAUCAUCUCGAAGUUCCCCAACAUCUCUGGAUUGCCAGAACAAGUAGCGACAUUGUUUAUCAUGUUCACCCACAUGCGCUGGCAAAUCCAUCCUACCAAAGAAAACUACGAGCGCCUCCCCGAAUGGUUCCGGCCUACUCCAGCGCAAAUAUUCCAACCUCAUCCCGCAUGGAUGGAACAUAUCCCAUGGCCACGGAUGAGAGAUAGGGUUGUGGUGAACCCUCAGGAUUAUCCAUUUGAUGAUUUCUUCUUCCCUUUCACAGCCGAUUUAUCUGUCAACUGGCCGUAUGAUCCGGUGGAUUGUCUCCUCAGCACUUCUGAGAAAGAAGAACCAGUCAUCAACCCGGUGUUUGAGAGCCACAUUCGACGCCUGGAGAACUGGAGUCUGGGACCGUUGUUUGCCGAGACCUAUCCUAAUCUGGUGGAGACGGUGAGAAUAAAGGAGAAUGAACCCGGGCCAAGCUGA